AUGACCGAAAUCGACCCCAGACAAGGCGUUGAUCCGCUCCAGACGCCAAAACCGCUGAAGCGGCCCCUCCCCGACGCCGCGCAGAUCCCUCUACGGACAUUCCAGUUACCAGAUUUUCCUCCUGAAGCGGCGCAUCUGAAAGAACUGACUUUGACGUCUGAUAUCAAACCCUCGGAGUACUCAGAUCUCCUCGCGACGACUGUGUCUUCAGAUGCGAUCUCGAAAUCCAUCCCCAAGGGAAUCGAAUCGCUUACCCUAGAGCUCUUCUCCCUGGGCUACCCAGCCUCAUUCCUAACAAACCUAGCCCAGUCCCUCCCAAGCCUCAAAGCACUAACACUAUACUCCCACCUCAUUGAUGGCAUCAGCGAUGCCUCACGCAAAGAUGCAGGGGAAUUUAUCUUCAACGCCCUAGUAGGCAAAGGAGAUAACGGCGGCGGACUACGAGAGCUCCAUCUCCUCGACACUUUCUGCAGAAAAGGCUUUUAUGCUGGUGUUGGUGAGACGCUGGAGGAUUUGUAUCUGGAUGGCGAUGCGGCUUCGGCGAUGCUUCUGCUUGAAGUAUCGUAUACGUAUCGUGGACACUCGGAUCCGGACUUUUUAUCGCGUGUUCAUGGUGAUGAGAUUCCGUUGAUGUUGGUGCCGUCGUUGAUUGCUGUGUCACUGAGGUUGUCGCCGCCGCCGCCGGAUCAGGCCGCGAGUGGGUUCUCUAAUGGGCUUCCGCAUGAUCCCUCAGACGUGGACGCGGAUGGAAACCCUAUCCCUGGGCAGAAACCGCAGGGAAUUGCCCCCUUCCCCUCGACGCAUCCAGGGACAGCACUGCUUGUCGAGAAACUUACACCUAUUCUGGAAACCCCUGAGGGCGAAACCGAGGACCCACCGAUCCCAGGCCCGCAAGCUCUAAAGAUGCUCGACUCUACUCUCUACAGUCUGACGUUGGAUGAACUUUCUAGAAUUCUCGGCCACCAAACACAGCUGGCUGUGUUGAAUGCCAGCGUCAUUGUAGGGACAGACGAGCACGCCAAAAAGUCUAUCCUGAACACAAUACGAUCUGCUAGUCCGGCUUUGGAAACAGUGGAGCUCGUAGGCGUUCCGGAAGAUUUUACUGAGGAAUCCUCCCUCUCUGCAUUCCAUAAAAUAUUCCCUACGGCGUCUGACAUGGCAUAUUUAUCCGAGAACUUGCCGCAGUUGGACAGCUUUAGCAUGAGCAUCCUCUGUGCGCCCAAGUUCAGAGCUGUGAGCUGGAAUAAACAGCCAGACGGGGAGUGGGUUGGUGGUUUUGUUGCAGAUGACCAGGUAUAG